GAAAAGGUUCUGUAGUUAGUGCUGUAGAGUGGUUGGCUGAUGAAAGAUUUAUUACGCUUACAUUUCAGGACAGUCUCACUCAGUUGAUCUCAACAUGCUAAUUUUAUAUAUUGUAUAUAUACGUAGAGACUAAUUGGAAUUUAUUUUGAUCUGAGUUUGCACGUACUCAUAACGGCGUUUACAAUGAAAGUCAUUGUAGCUGGAAUGCCCAAAACGGGCACGAAAACUUUGAACGAAGCUUUGUCAAACAUGGGAUUCAAGGUAUACGAUUAUAUCGAAAAUUCUGUAUACUUACGAGAUGAAUGGAUAUAAAUUUUGAAAACAGGAUGGUCAACCGAAGAUUUUAAACGGAUGUUUGAGGACGUUGAUGCAGUUACAGAUGUUCCUAGUUGUUAUUUUUGGGAAGAAAUCCACAAGGCAUUUCCUGAUGCAAAGAUAAUUUUAACUCUUCGAGAAAAUGACGAAGUUUGGCCUAAAAGUUUCAAGAAUCAAAUGAAAACGUCGAAUGGAAAUACAAUGGUUACUUUGCUGAGCUAUCUUUCUCCAACUUUUCAAAGAUCUCUUUUUGAUAUUGGAUUUGCUAUGUCACCGGUAAUAUUUGGAUUAGCUGAUAUGCGCCAUAUAGCAUAUGACAGCGUGAACGGUGACAUGCUGAAACUGAAAUACCGAGCACACAACGCUCAUGUUAUGCAGAAUGCACCACCGGACAAACUUCUCGUUUACAAAGUCACGGAAGGUUGGUAUCCGCUAUGUAAAUUUCUUGGCGUUCCUGUCCCUGAUAAACCAUUUCCACACAAAAACAAAGGCGGUGCAAUGAUUGAGGAACAUUUGAAAUCGGAUCCAAUCGUACAAAAGAUGAAAAGAGAGAUGAUGGUGUCUUCUAUUUUGUGCACAGCCUUUCUUGGUCUUGGAGUAUACUUUAUCUACAAACGUGGAAUUUGACUUUUAGCUUAAUUGUAGUUGACGGGUUAAAAAUAUAAAUGCUUAGAAUACAAAACUCUUCUAACUUAGUAGAUCAGUGGAUACCACAUAAUUGAAACAGUAGGAGAAAGUGGGGAACGUUGUGACUCUUUUUUUCUUCUUUUGCAUAUUUUAACCCCUUUAUUCUGCACAUUCAUUUCACUUUGCGGGGAUAAUGCCGAGCGGGGUAAAUGUAGUAUUUACUCAUCGGCUAAGAAAUUCCCUAGCGACACACAUUUUUUCACUGAAAUGCUUAAAAAACGUCUGUCAAGUGUCCCACUGUACCCCACUUGCGAGCACAUUCGGACAGGCCCUGGGGCACAUUGAAAAAAAAAAAAAACGAUAGCGUCGAUGCAUUUAUCUGCCCAGGUAAUAGAAGUUAGUAUUCGUAAGCUAAGCAUUUGACAGUGAUCUAGCAAUAUUAAAUGAUUAAAAAAUUCACACUCAUUAUCAA